CAAUUAUAAAAUAUUUUCAGAGAAAAUGGCUGCCAAGCUUUUGGUUUGAGAACGAUAGAAAAGAUCGUUAAAACAUUAAUAGGUUAAAUCAAGCAAUAUCUAAGAUGUCCAAGUCUGAAGAUAUCUCUGAUUUACCUGGAAACCUGGCCAAGAUGUCUAAGUUUGAUGAUAUCUCUGAUUUACCUGGAAAUUUGGCCAAGAUGUCUAAGUCUGAAGAUAUCUCUGAUUUACCUGGACAUUUGGCCAAGAUGUCUAAGUCUGAAGAUAUCUCUGAUUUACCUGGAAAUCUGGCCAAGAUGUCUAAGUCUGGAGAUAUCUCUGAUUUACCUGGAAAUCUGGCCAAGAUGUCUAAGUCUGAAGAUAUCUCUGAUUUACCUGGAAAUCUGGCCAAGAUGUCUAAGUCUGGAGAUAUCUCUGAUUUACCUGGAAACCUAACCAAAAUGUCUUUAUCUGCAUCUAAAGUAAAAAAGAAGAACUACACCUUGAACCUAAAGAUCAGCUACACCAAAUGCUUCUCCUGCAGCUAUGAAAUUGGUUUCUCCAAGGAUGCAUUGGUUUGUAACUGUAGUUUACAUUGGUACUGUAGUACACAGUGCAGGGAUCAAUGUAAGGAUACAUAUUGCCUAGAAAGUUGUGAACUUUACAGCUGUACAUCUCUAGACUCAUUCUAUUCAAUUAUCCUAUAUUUUUAUGACACUGAGACUCUGAACAUGGUUAAGGAGUACAUUAGUUCUCAAGAAGGAGUUUCCAGGAAAGAUAUGAAGAAGUGGGCUGAAGCAGGGGACUGGAAAGCUGCUCUGGUCAUAGGUUUAACUUAUGAGUUCAGGUUUGUCUGUGACUGGGAUGAAUGUGAGCUAGCAAUUCGUCCUCCCUUCAUGAAGAGCCGACCUUUCAGUCACAGAAAAGCUAUAAAAUACUACAACAUGGCUGCAGAAGAAAACUCUGUUGAAGCAUUUGCUGGAUUGGGAAGGUUACUGGAUAUUCAGAAGGUUAUGGAACGGAAACAGAAGGAUUAUCUUAUUACCAGUUCAUGCAGGUUUAAGAGUUCUCAGAUGCUUCUGCACGUCUUGUGUUUCCAAGAUCUAUUCAGCACAUUAUCAUACAUCAAGGACAUCAAGCAAAAGUAUAAACAAGGAGAAGAAAUUAAUUUACCUGUUCCUGGGAUUACAGGACUAAUUCUGUUCAGAUUAAACCUUCUUAAUGAUUCCAGAUCUACAAACAGUCUUAUCAAAGAACUGCUACUCUUCCCCAGAAUAUCAGAGGUUUAUUCUUUUCUAAAAUCUUGUAAUCCUAAACCUAGGAUAAGUAGUUUUUCUUGUAAUAGUAAUCGUAAUACUGAUGGUUUGUCCAGACCAGUGGAGAACCUUAUCUUUAUUCAGAAGGCUAAUCUCUACAAUGAAGAGGGUAAUACUGUAGCUAGGAUAGAUCAUGGAGUAAGGAUGGAUGCUAAGGCUGUAUUUGAUCAAGGAUAUUUACAGAGACUGCACCAUGAGCAGCCAAUGUAUUGCUGUGAGCAUGGUUGUAAGAGUAUUGGGAACACCUGCCCUUUAUGCGCUAUUGCGGCUAAGAAGAGGAUUCUGAGUGUUUAUGAGAACAGUUUUCUCUUCAGUAGCGAUGAAUUCUUCAGUUGUUUAUUCUACAGUGCUAUCUUUAAUCUGGGAUCAGGAUUGAAGAAACAAGAUUACUUCCGGAAUUAUGGAAAAUAUGAGAUCAUAACUGUUAUCCGUUUUAUGGCUCUUCAGCCCAUGGAUCUACAUCCUCUACAGCUUGCUAAGGAUCCCAACCUAUACUGGCCAAUUGUUCACUACUAUGGGUCUGUGUACUCUGCGUUGAAGGAAAUCCUGGAUGAAAAGACAGUUGACAGUAUCUAUGAGAAUUUCCCGGAGUCUACUCCUCUGCCAAAGAGAUUAAAUAUAGUUGAUGAGGAACAGUUUGUGAUCAAAUGUGGACACAACCCCUGUGUUCAUCUUGACUGGGAGUUCAAGUUCAAGAAAUGCUCCAGGUGUGAGUUGAGACGCUACUGUAGUCCAAGCUGUCAGAAGUAUGACUGGAAACUACACAAGAAGGAAUGCUUUCGCCGUCCUGGAAUGGAGAAUACAGAUGCAGAGGUGGAUUAGAUCAAGACAGAGUCCUGUCAUACUAGGUACCUUGAGUUCGUGUACUUCCUGGAUCCUCCUUAUUUUAAUAUAUGGAAUUAUCUAGUUUUCUAGUAAUUUUGUUGAGUUAAAGGAAGGGGGGGGAGUCUCGAAAUAUAACGGUUUGAUCAAGGUUGGUUUCCUCGGAGAGAGGGAGAUUUAUUUUCUCAAGUGAUGGUCCCCAGGGCGUCUAAAGUUUUCAAGUUUUCAAGUUUUCAAGUUUCUAUAGGUUUUCUCAAAUUCGUCACUAAUCCAUAGAUAAGAAUGCACACAGAAGUUUAUGUGGAUCCUGUUAAUAAGUACCGUUAACAAUAAAGCAUUUAUAAGAUACGAUUGAAUAACUUAAAUGUUAACAAUGUUUUAUAUUAUAAAUAUUCUUACUAGUGGAGGAUUAUUUGAGAAAUUGAGGGGGCCAGUUAUCAGUACUAAAACAACCUUUUUAACUCCUGAAAUAAAUAUCCGUUUGGUUACAAAAAUUUGUUGUUCACUGCAAAAUCAUGAAUUUUAAGCUUUUACUAUUUUGUAACGUGUUCACUGCACAAGUUGUUUAUGUUUUGUCGGAGAUCUAAGAAAAGUUGGGUUUGGGUUACCGGAGUAUAAUUUGGACAAAGACAACCUUACAACGGAGAAAGAUUAUAAGGGUUUAUGGUUUACAAAUUUGUAUAUCUAGUUAUCUUUGUAAAUUCUUUUUUUUAACAUUGUUUUUAUAUCGUAAUGUUAAAGGACAAUGUAAUUAUUAUGAUUAUUUAUUUUCAGA